UCCUCCCUCUCUCUCUGCGUGCCUGUGUGUGUGUGGGUGAGAUCGCGUCUGUGGUUAAUUUUUGCGGCUAAGAGCUCUCUCUGUUGCUGAGGCAAAAAAUGAACGCUCUAGUAAUACAGGGUUUCACCAAGUCGCUUGCCACGACUAUGCUCUCAGAUGUUGGCGGCCGGACGUUCUGCGUUGCCGCCUUUGCAGCAGAGAAGGUUAUAUCCAGUAAAUGCAACGUGGUUCUCAUAAAGAGACCGAACAAUGAAUACGCCAAAUGAUACCUGCACUAGCACUUAAUCCAUUUUGACCAAAUCAAUACAUGAUGGAUCGGCACUGGUGUUUUUCAUGUUGACGAAUCCCGACUCUGCUUCUAUGCUACUGCAAACUAAAUCAGAAAUAGACCAGACAUGAAUGGACGGUCAAUUUGUAAGGCUAAAAUCGUCCGUUCUCUGCCUUCUUAAGAUUCUGGCAACGCAAUAUCCGCGGAAGAGUGUCUUGCUAGGAUGCCUGGUUUCAGUAACUGCAAAGACCGUGAUCUCCGCUAUGGUCGGCUGGGCUGCUCUAAGUCUGCUCUCGAAGAAUUGGUCACAUCAUGUGACCACAUUCAUGUUUUUCCUGUUGGGUCUACGGUCCCUCUGGGAAGGGUUCACUAAGGAUGAUGAUGACAAUGAAGAGUUGGAAGUAGAAAAGGGAUGGUUGAUGAUGAUUUGUAGACGCAACAGAAGCCUAUCACUUACUUCUCACCAGUCUUUCUCAAGGAUGGCUGCUUCGCAAGCGUUCUCACUCACCUUCUUCCGUAAUUGGCGCAACAAAAGCCAGCUAGCAACGAUUGGCUUGGCAGCUGAUGAGAACAUCUUAGCAGUGGUGCUUGGCGGAAUAGCUGGACAAGUGUUGUGUACAGUUGCUGCUGUUACAGGGGGAGAGAGCCUGGCUUCUAAGAUAUCAGAGAGGCUGGUGACCCUCCUAGGUGGAUUUCUCUUCCUAGCGUUUGGGGUCCAAUCCCUACUUUCACCAUCCUAAUUAUGGAUUUUUCUCUUGUUUGUAUGUCUAUGCUGCUGCUUCCUGUUAGUUGAGAGUGCUCUACCGCAGAUACCUUGGUUAUUUUUCUUUGAGCAUUCGGAUGUUUUUGACUACUUGCAUCGAUAUGUUUCAUGCUUGUCACUUAAUAAUUUUUAUUUCAGAAUGACCAUUUUAUAUACAAUCCCAAGAAA